CCGAAGCUCACAACGUGCGGCCGCGCAUCGCAUCGAAUAUCCAAACACGCAAAAACACGCACAAGCACACGCGGAAAGAAAGUGCACACGAAAAGCACAAACAAAUCCGUCAAAGAAAACGCGCUCUACUCUACCCAUCACUACUAGCUCCUAGAAUCUAUCUUUGUGUCCAUCCAUCCCCAAAACACGUUUCGGAUCGGAUCGGAUCGCAUAUCGUAGAUCGCUGGGAAUUGGAAGACAGCCAGAGGAACGAGCAAACGAAGCGACGGACGACCCACAUACACAGAUCGCAUCCCCAGAGACAUGAGCUCGGCAAUUGUGGGAGCCGCGUCGGCGAUCGGCGGAGCAGUGACAGCGGCCACCAGCAACAGCUGGUUCAUCCCCAUGCUAAUGGCAGCCGUGGCCUAUUUUCAGUACGAGGAGAUCAUGGAUCCCGAAUCGAAGCCCAGCGACGUCAGCGGCGAUGAAAUACUCGAUCACUAUGACUUCAUAGUGAUAGGAGCCGGAUCGGCGGGGGCCGUGGUGGCCAACCGUCUCACGGAGGUGGAGAACUGGAAUGUGCUGCUCCUGGAGGCGGGCGGCGAUGAGACGGAGCUAACGGAUGUCCCCCUGAUGGCUGGCUAUCUCCAGCUAUCGAAGAUCGACUGGCAGUACAAGACGGAACCAUCGGGAACAUCCUGUCUGGCAAUGCAGGGCGGACGCUGCAACUGGCCCCGGGGCAAGGUGCUGGGCGGCAGCUCCGUGCUGAACUACAUGCUGUAUCUGCGGGGAUCGAAGCACGACUACGACAACUGGGAGGCGAUGGGCAACCCCAGCUGGUCCUAUCGCGAUGCCCUGUACUACUUCAAGAAGUCGGAGGACAACACCAAUCAGUAUUUGGCCAAUACGCCGUACCACGCCACUGGCGGGUACCUGACAGUGGGCGAGGCGCCCUACCACACGCCACUGGCGGCCAGCUUUGUGGAGGCCGGCGUGGAGAUGGGCUACGAGAACCGGGAUCUGAAUGGGGAGAAGAUGACCGGCUUCAUGAUUGCCCAGGGAACCACGAGACGCGGCUCACGCUGCUCCACCUCGAAGGCGUUUCUGCGUCCGGCCCGGCUGCGUCCGAAUCUCCACAUCUCGAUGAACUCGCACGUGACCCGCAUCAUGAUCGAUCCGGUGAGCAAGCUGGCUUUCGGCGUGGAGUUCGUCAAGGACCAGAAGCUCUUCCAUGUGCGGGCCACCAAGGAGGUGGUGCUCUCCGGCGGCUCCGUCAACAGCCCCCAGCUGCUGAUGCUGAGCGGUGUGGGUCCGCGCAAGGAGCUGGCCAAGCACCGCAUACCGCUCAUCAAGGAGCUGAGUGUGGGCGAGAACCUGCAGGAUCACAUCGGACUGGGCGGCCUCACCUUCCUGGUCAACCAGCCGGUGUCCAUUGUGGAGAGCCGAUUCCACACCAUGUCCACGGUGCUGCAGUACGCCGUCUUCGGCCAGGGACCCCUCACCAUUCUGGGCGGCGUCGAGGGGCUCGCCUACGUGAACACCAAAUAUGCGAACAGCACGCUCGACUGGCCGGACAUUGAGUUCCACUUUGUCUCCGGGUCGACCAACUCGGAUGGCGGGUCGCAGCUGCGCAAGGCCCACGGGCUGACGGAGGCCUUCUACCGGUCCGUGUUUGAGCCAAUCAACAAUCGGGAUGCCUGGAGCAUCAUUCCCAUGCUUCUGCGGCCCCGCAGCGUGGGCAGCAUCCGGCUCCGCAGCGGCAACCCCUUCGACUACCCGUACAUCUUCCCCAACUAUCUGACGGACGAUUUUGACAUGAAGACGCUGAUCGAGGGCGUCAAGAUCGCCGUGGCCCUGUCCCGCACCAAGGCCAUGCAGCGUUUCGGCUCACGGCUGUCCAGCAUCCGCUGGCCGGGAUGCGAGCAGGUGCCGCUCUUCACCGACGCCUUCUGGGAGUGCAUGGUGCGGCGCUACACCUCGACAAUCUACCAUCCCGUGGGCACCUGCAAGAUGGGGCCCUACUGGGACAAGGAUGCGGUGGUCGAUGCCAAGCUGCGGGUCUACGGCAUCCGGGGACUGCGUGUCAUCGAUGCCAGCAUUAUGCCCAAGCUGGUGUCCGCCAACACGAACGCUCCGGUCAUCAUGAUUGCCGAGAAGGGCAGUGACAUGAUCAAGGAGUUCUGGAUCAAGAACACUAUCGUCUAAGUCGCAUUAUUCUCCGAGUGUCUGCCCCAGUGAGUGUCUCAGUUUGUUACGUAAGUGUGAGUGUGAGUCUGGAUGUGUGUGUGUGUGUGUGUGUGUGUCUGUCUGAUGUGUAUGUGUGAAUGUUUUAGCUGUAUAGCUUUUUAGCCUGAUUGACCCUAUCCAAAACUAUAUUUAUUGACAUCUCCUCCACCCUUGACAUACAUAGUUUUUUUUUUUUUGUACAUUUUAAGAAGAAACCUGUAUUUAUUUUAAUUUUAUGUACAAUAAAAUGA